AUGGUUCUUCUUACUGUGCUUUUCCCAUGCAUCAUUUCCACAUAUUCAGCAUCAGUCAAAGGCCACAAUACAGGUCCUCGAAUAAACAAUGACAAAUUAUACAAAUUUGCAUAUUCCACCCAAGUUCUUAUUGACAGAGUGAAAGGUUUACCCCAUGAGAGUGUGGGCUAUCAAAUUUCAUCUGGAGUGGAUGUCAACUUAGUAUGGAGAAAUCCCAAUAAUGACGAUGACCAACUGAUCAAAAUUGUGAUUACAGAUGUAUCACUUGAAAAUGUGAAUGAGCGUCCUGUAGCAAAAGACAUUUUUCAGCAAAAAAACACAGAUAAACUAUAUGAAGAAGAGUAUCUUGCUGCUUUAAAAAGGCCUAUUUUUCUGCACUGGAUUCGUGGAAAGAUUAAAAAUUUCUACUGCUAUGAAGAUGAACCUUCUAUUAUCAAGAAUCUCAAGAGAGGCCUGGCUAGCUUGUUUCAAAUACAGCUGAAUUCUGGAGCUGCCAGUGAGACUGAUAUCUGUGGAAAAUGCAAUGUAACUUAUCAGGCUCGGCAGAAUCAGAUCACUAAAGUGAAAGCCUUGAACUCGUGCAAUUUAGAACACCCAAGUGUCACCAACCACAAUCAGCUCUUUGAAGUGAAGAAAAAAUCCAUUUCAGCUGUAAUUUAUGUACUGGAGGACACAUUUAUUCAAUCUGUGCGGGCUGAAGAAAAUCAUAUUUUUAAUUUGAAAUCUCUGCAACUUAUUGAUAUAAAAGUCAUUUCAAAGCAGAAACUAGAACUGAAGUCAACUGAAGCCGGUCCAAGAAUGAAGGCUGGGAAGCAAGUUGCCAGCAUUAUAAAAACUCUGGAUUCAAAUUAUGUGGCAAUUUCUUUGAUGGCAGAGCCUGUCUCUCAUGAAUGCAAAAGCUGUCCAUCACUGUUUCAGCAGUGGAUGGUCAUCCGAAAACAGCUUGAACCAGAUAACCUUUCAAAAGCUGAUGCUGCAAAAGGAUUUUUGCCAUUUAUUGAGAGCCUGAAGAAAGCAACAAAAGAAGAAAUCUUACAGCUACUGAGAAAUGAAAAUAAUACAGAAAUACUUCCCCAGCUGGUUGAUACUGUGGCCUCCACACAUACCUCAGCCUCUCUGGAUGCGAUGUUAGAUUUUCUGGAUUUCAAGAACAAGAGUGGAUCUCUCCUUCAGGAACGAUUCCUCUAUGCUUCUGGUUUCACUUCUCAUCCCAGUGAGAUAUUACUCAGAUCUUUAAUUAAUAAAUACAAGAGUCCAAUUGGUAGCAAUGAAAUCAGAGAAAUGGUUAUUAUUAUUUCUGGAGCACUCAUCAAAAAACUGUGCAAUGUAGGAGGCUGCAAACUGCCUGCUGUUGUGGAAGCCAAGAAACUGAUAUUGCAAGGCUUGAACAGAGCAGAUAAAGUUGAUGAUGUGAAGAUGUUCCUUUUGGCACUGAAAAAUGCCCUUUUGCCAGAAGCUGUCCCUGUGCUGCUGAAAUUUGCUGAGUCAGGAGAAGGACCUAUCAGCAACAUUGCUGUUACUGCUCUACAGAGAUAUGAUCAUUCAUCCAUAACUACUGAGGUGAAAAAAACCAUGAACAGGAUUUAUCAUCAGAAUUAUAAGGUUCACGAGAAGACUGUACGAACCACAGCUGCUGCUAUUAUCUUCAGCAGCAAUCCUUCCUUCAUGGAAGUUAAGAACCUCCUCCUCUCCAUUGGAGAGCUGCCACUGGAAAUGAAUAAGUACAUGCUUUCACUCGUCCAGGACAUACUACGUUUUGAAAUGCCUGCCAGCAAAAUGAUCCAUGAAGUUCUGAAGGACAUAUUGAUUCAUAAUUAUGACCGGUUUUCAAAAAUGGGUUCUUCUUCAGCUUUCUCUGGCUACCUAACACGUGACCAAGUUCUAUCAUCUACAUAUUGCCUUGAUAUACUGUAUUCUGGUUCAGGCAUCUUAAGAAGAAGCAACAUGAAUAUCUUUAUUUUCAAUAAAUUUGUUCAACUUCAUGCCAGCCAGGUGGUAAUUGAAGCUCAAGGUCUGGAAUCUAUUAUAGCUGCAUCUGCAGAUGAAGGCGAAGAAAAUCUUGAAUCCUUUGCUGGUUUGUCAGCAAUCAUGCUUGAUGUUCAACUUCGGCCAGUUACUUUUUUCCAAGGAUAUAGUGAUUUAAUGUCUAAAAUGUUCUCAGCCACUGGAGACCCCAUGAAUGUAGUGAAAGGGCUCGUCCUCCUGUUGGAUUUCUCACAGGCUAUCCAGCUGCAAUCUGGACUGAUUUGCAAUGCUGAAUUCAAGGGAGGUAUGACUAUUGAUGUAUCAGGAGGAAUGGAGUUCAGCCUUUGGUACAGAGAAUCCAAAACAAAAGUUAAAAAUCGGGGAGCUGGGGCGAUGAUUGGUAACUUUGUGGUUGAUGCUAUGUUUGUGAAGGCUGGCUUGGAAACCACUUCUGAAAUCGAAGCAACGUUGGAUUUUGUCACCACAGUGAAAUUUUCACAAUACCCAUUUUUAGUCUGCAUGCAGAUGGAUAAAACUGAAAGCCCAUUUAGGCAAUACCUAACGAAAUAUGAAAGUCUUCCUUCUGGAAAGCCAUAUGUCUCUCGGAAAAGAAAAGUGAGCUUGCUGGCAGGUUCUGAAUAUCCCCUCCACCAAGAAAACUCUCACAUGUGCAGGGAAGUUUUCAGUGACCAAGCCGAUUAUUCUGAAACUUGGUUUUGA